CACACAGCCUAUUUCCUGUUUUCAAACAGGGAACUUAGCGAAGCAGCAGCCACUGGGCUUGUCACCGGAGCUUGGAGCAGAGAUCUUGAAGGGGCAAUGUGACACCCUGCCUGGACCCCCGGACUCACACAGGACCCAGAGACCUCAGCCUUGGAGCAUGGCGAGCCCGGAACACCCUGGGAGCCCCGGCUGGACGGGACCCACCACCCAGGGCCCGGCAAGGACCGAGCAGGCAGCGCCAGCCACUGGCCCGGACCUCCCACGUCCCGGACCUGAAGCGCACUUAGAUGCCCACAGCAGCCCGAGCUGCAACUCCAGCAUGACCACGCGGGAGCUGCAAGACUACUGGCAGAACGAGAAAUGCCGCUGGAAGCACGUCAAACUGCUCUUUGAGAUCGCUUCGGCCCGCAUCGAGGAGAGAAAAAUCUCCAAGUUUGUGAUGUACCAAAUCAUCGUCAUCCAGACAGGGAGCUUUGACAGCAACAAGGCCGUCCUGGAACGGCGCUAUUCGGACUUUGAGAAGCUCCAGAAAGCCCUGCUCAAGACGUUCAGCGAGGAGAUCGAAGACGUGGUCUUCCCCAGGAAGCACCUGGUGGGGAACUUCACGGAGGAGAUGAUCUGCGAGCGCAAGCUGGCGCUCAAGGAGUACCUGGGGCUGCUCUACGCCAUCCGCUGCGUGCGCCGCUCCCGCGAGUUCGUGGACUUCCUCACGCGGCCCGAGCUGAGCGAGGCCUUCGGCUGCCUGCGGGGGGGCCAGUACGCCCAGGCCCUGGACAUCCUGGUGCGCGUGGUGCCCCUGCAGGAGAAGCUGACGGCCCACUGCCCCGUGGCGGUGGUCCCGGCCCUCUGUGCCAUGCUGGUGUGCCACCGUGACCUGGAGCGCCCGGCCGAGGCCUUCUCGGCUGGCGAGAGGGCCCUGCAGCGCCUGCAGGCCCAGGAGGGCCAUCGCUACUACGCGCCCCUGCUGGACGCCAUGGUCAGCCUGGCCUAUGUGCUGGGCAGGGACUUCGUGUCUCUGCAGGAGAAGCUGGAGGAGACCCAGCUCCGGAGGCCCAGCCACCAGGGCGUCACCCUGAAGGAACUCGCUGUCCAAGAGUACCUGUGAUGAGCCAGCCUGGUCCCCUCGCAGGGAAGCUGCAGAUUUGGGGUCACCGUUGCUCAGGGGCUGUUUGGGGUUCAUUUUAAUGGGAAGAGCCACUGGGGGCUCUACGUUGCUGGGUGACUUUGGACAAGCCCCUCAUCUGGUCCUCUGUUUCCCUGUCUGUAUUGAACAGAGGUGCUCCUGGGACUCUUUGGGAGCCUCCACUGUGUCCUUGUCCCCCUUGAUACCAGGGCCACUUCAUCACAAAACCACAAACCCAGCUGCCAAAACACUGGAGAGGAAUACCGACCCCACCAGUGUUUUUGUAAGAAGCUGUAGGAGAGGUUUGCUUUGCACAUUAUGCGAGAGCUUAACCCAUUCCUGGCAGACAGCUCUCUGCAGCUGUCCUGAGUCUCUUCUCUCUGUUCCUCCUGCCUCAACGUUGUUUACGGAUAUUUCCAUGCGUUAUCCUAAUGUCAUCCUAAUACCCUUUAGCUCUUCCUCUUUAGCAUGUAGACCCAGCGCAGCAAAACAAAAGCUCCUCUAUUGCCCCUCAAGAACGGCCUCUCCCCCGCA